AUGCCUUCCGACUUCGCCACGCAGAUUGGAGUGACGCGACUUCCCAACCUGACUGGAGAUGGCCGCGAUGGAUUUCCAUCUCGUGCGCAGCAUGAUUGGUGUGUUGCACAGUACCUUGGUGAGAUGUGUGAAAAGAAAAGAGGAAAGGCUUUGAUUGACAAAAAUCUUUACGACCGGAUCCUGGCCGUUUGCUUUGAUGACAGCAACAAGAAGACCGAGACUGCCCAGUUCCGUUGGUGGGUUCGCCGGACCUUCAAGCUGUACUCUGAGCCUCAUGGUCAUUAUUUGAUGCACGAAAAUCGGCCGAUUGCCGUCAAGGAACAAAUCUACGACAUCCUGGUCUAUGCGCAUGCUGAGUGCGGACACGGCGGUCGGGAUAAGACGUCCGCGGCAGUUCGCCGAUACUUCUCCUGGAUCCCGAAGGAUGUCGUUUCUCGGUUCGUGUCAGUCUGUCCCGGGUGCCAUGCUCGCACACAGAAGGAUGAUGAAUACUUCAGCAAUAAGGGAAUCGAUGGAUACUAUCCCGUCCAUGACAAAGUCCGCCAAAUGUCAAUCGAUAGCAGAAGAUCUAGUGUCGACGACUACAAGAACACCUCGCCGUACCAACCACUUCUGGCUGCUGGCAUGGUCAAAAUCCUCAAAGCCGUCGAGGGAGCUAGAGCCUUUCAUCCUCUGGCAGAGCAAAACUCGUUGUUGUACGCCCCCUCCGCAAGCGCCAGUGCCGUUCAAACCAGCUACCUCCCCGUGCCUGGGACCCAUUUACUCCCUUUUCCAUCUGCAAGCAACUGUCCUUCCCCUCUGAGUCUGCCACAAACCCCUCUCGGGUCUAUCACCAGCCCUGCAAGCUUCUCUUCCGGGGUUGAAGUCUCAACCGCAGAUGUUUACCGAGAAAGUUUUCCAGCACUCAAUCAGGCCUUCGGAUCAAGUUAUCUGCAUUUUCCCCACUCUCUCGGUGUGCCGGCGUAUGUGAACAGUCAGCCACGUUCUUUGAGUCUUCCAGUCGGUGGGUUGAAUGAGUUAGAGCAAGCGCCCGGAUCAUCAAAUCCAGAGAAACUUUCCGGCCGAGUUGUCAACGCGAGGAGUAAGUCCCAGUGUUCUCCCUUCCCCUAUAUCGCCAAACCCUCUCGCCCAAGUGUGGGACGCAAGAUGUCCUCAAAGUCACGAGAAUACAAGAAGACGGCGCUCGCAGAGAGCUUUACUCCAUCGGCGGAUAUCUACUGUUCCACUUCUUAUUAUGGCUCUCAGUCUUCUUCGGCUCAGAGUCUGUCGAACUCGGAAGACGAUGGCAACAGUAAAUCGACAUUCUCGUCCCCGCCGACCGACCAAUCUAUCUUACAACACCAAGAAACGUUCCAGGACUACUCUCUCUCUCAGAGCUCAAGCCAGGAUCUCGAAAACCUUCAAUCCCUUGACAUUCAUGCACAAGUAGGACCUUUUGGUGAAUACACCCCGGAGCACUCGGUCCCUGAUUUCUCAGCUCUUCACAAUUUCCCCCCAUCCCAAAUGAGCUACAUGGAUCAAUACAACGGUGAUGCAUUCUUGGGCGCAGUGCAAGUACCGGAGGGCUGGAACGCGGGGCACGAUGGUGUUUGUGACUUCAUGCUUCCGGAUCUGUUGAAUAGCCAAAUCUUCGACAACUCCUCGCCCACUGAUUAUUGCACUCUGGUCAGUCUGCAAACACCUGGAGUAGGUCCGUCCGACGCCCUUGGCCAUGAAGCUCACCUCCUCCAAUCGUCAACCAACUUUCCUCCCCUCGACUCAUGGUCAUCUGACGCGGCCUCCCAGCAGGAGCUUUACAAUAACAUUACCGACCCGUGUUACCAGACUCUCUACCUCCCUAUCAAUCAAGCUGACGCCGACCUCUUCCAGAUGGGCACUCAAUCUCUCCCUUCUGAUACCGACACCCUCCAGCACCAAGCACUCAAUUUUUCUAAUAACGAAUCCUCCAAGAACUUCUCAAACAUUGAGCCUUCUUCUUCAAACCUCCCUCCCAAUAGCUUGGGAAUCAAUUUCUCCGAUGAUUUUCAAUUCGGAACCAAUCAGAUUUAUUGA